UCGCACAAGAAUGUGAUACAGCCUCGACGGCCGCCAUUUUCUUUCUUUCUUAGCAGUUGGCUGAGGGAACAUCUCUGCGAAGAAGCGGCAGUGGCCUCUGUAGCGUAGACAUGGCAGACUACUCAACAGUGCCUCCACCUUCCUCUGGCUCAGCUGGUGGUGGAGGCGGCGGCGGUGGUGGUGGAGGAGUUAACGAUGCUUUCAAAGAUGCGUUGCAGAGAGCACGGCAGAUUGCAGCAAAAAUUGGAGGUGAUGCUGGUACAUCACUGAAUUCAAAUGACUAUGGUUAUGGGGGACAAAAAAGACCUUUGGAAGACGGAGAUGGCUCUUGGACAAGUCCGAGCAGUACAACACACUGGGAGGGAAUGCCCUCUCCUUUUAAAGAUCAACCAGAUGCUAAGAAAGUUGCUCCUCAAAAUGACUCUUUUGGAACACAGUUACCACCGAUGCAUCAGCAGCAAAGCAGGUCUGUAAUGACAGAAGAAUACAAAGUUCCAGAUGGAAUGGUUGGAUUUAUAAUUGGCAGAGGAGGUGAACAGAUCUCACGCAUACAACAAGAAUCUGGAUGCAAAAUACAGAUAGCUCCUGACAGUGGUGGCCUUCCAGAAAGGUCUUGUAUGUUAACUGGAACACCUGAAUCUGUCCAAUCGGCAAAACGGUUACUGGACCAGAUUGUAGAAAAGGGAAGACCAGCCCCUGGCUUCCACCAUGGUGAUGGACCAGGAAAUGCAGUUCAAGAAAUAAUGAUUCCAGCUAGCAAAGCAGGAUUAGUUAUUGGAAAGGGGGGAGAAACUAUUAAACAACUUCAGGAGCGGGCUGGAGUUAAAAUGGUUAUGAUUCAAGAUGGACCUCAGAACACUGGUGCUGACAAACCUCUUAGGAUUACAGGAGACCCAUACAAAGUUCAACAAGCCAAGGAAAUGGUGUUAGAGUUAAUUCGUGAUCAAGGUGGUUUCAGAGAAGUUCGAAAUGAGUAUGGGUCAAGAAUAGGUGGAAAUGAAGGGAUAGAUGUCCCCAUUCCAAGAUUUGCUGUUGGCAUUGUAAUAGGAAGAAAUGGAGAGAUGAUUAAAAAAAUACAAAAUGAUGCUGGUGUUCGAAUUCAGUUUAAGCCAGAUGAUGGAACAACACCUGAUAGAAUAGCACAGAUAACAGGACCUCCAGACCGAUGUCAACACGCUGCAGAAAUUAUUACAGACCUCCUUCGAAGUGUUCAGGCUGGUAAUCCUGGUGGACCUGGACCUGGUGGCCGAGGAAGAGGUAGAGGUCAAGGCAACUGGAACAUGGGACCACCUGGUGGACUACAGGAAUUUAAUUUCAUUGUACCAACAGGGAAAACUGGAUUAAUAAUAGGAAAAGGAGGUGAAACCAUAAAAAGCAUAAGCCAACAGUCUGGUGCAAGAAUAGAACUUCAGAGAAAUCCUCCACCUAAUGCAGAUCCUAAUAUGAAAUUAUUUACAAUCCGUGGCACUCCACAGCAAAUAGACUAUGCACGGCAACUUAUAGAAGAAAAGAUUGGUGGCCCAGUAAAUCCUUUAGGGCCACCUGUACCCCAUGGGCCCCAUGGUGUCCCAGGCCCCCAUGGGCCUCCUGGGCCUCCAGGGCCUGGAACUCCAAUGGGACCAUACAACCCUGCACCUUACAAUCCAGGACCACCUGGCCCUGCUCCUCAUGGACCUCCAGCUCCUUAUGCCCCCCAGGGGUGGGGAAAUGCAUAUCCACACUGGCAGCAGCAGGCCCCUCCUGAUCCAGCUAAGGCAGGAACGGAUCCAAAUUCAGCAGCUUGGGCUGCCUACUAUGCUCACUAUUAUCAACAGCAAGCACAGCCACCACCUGCAGCUCCUGCCGGUGCACCAACUACAACCCAAACCAAUGGACAAGGUAACUAUGGAGAUCAGCAGAAUCCAGCUCCAGCUGGACAGGUUGAUUAUACUAAGGCCUGGGAAGAGUAUUACAAGAAAAUGGGUCAACAAGGGCAGACACAAGAUUAUUCAAAAGCUUGGGAGGAAUAUUACAAGAAGCAAGGUCAAGCGGUUCCUGCUCCUACUGGUGCUCCACCAGGUGGUCAGCCAGAUUAUAGUGCAGCCUGGGCUGAGUACUAUAGACAACAAGCAGCCUACUAUGCCCAGACAAGUCCCCAGGGAAUGCCACAGCAUCCUCCAGCACCUCAGUGCAGGUUUGAUCCAGCCAGUAUAGAACUAGCUCUGUAGGGGUGAGGAGGACUGUGCUGUGUAUCAUCCUUGAUUGUGUUCCUUCAAGGAGCAUUGCACUGUAAGUACAUCAGAAUGACAAAUUGAUGAACUGCAACAGUAUCUUUUUGUCAAUGUUCCACAUAAUGUAAAUGCCAUACUUUGUGUGAAUAUUAUGUUGGAAUACAGUGCUGAUAUCUUGGAAAACCAUAACUGCUUCUUAAUUUAACAUAGAAUAAUACAUAGGUCUGUAUUUUUUUUUAAGUGAGCUUAAUGGGUAAGUAUUUUUGAUAUGCUUUAGCUAUAGCUAAAGAAAACUGAUCAUUAAAAUUGAAUAGUAUUACUCAUUGGUGCUCCUAAAAUAUAUUGCUUUUCAGUGUACAGUAUGCAUAUCUUCUAUAUUAAUAUGAAAGACUUGAAAUGUGUCAGACAGAAGUGGUUUUCAGUUUGCAAAUAUUAAGCAAUGUAGCAGUUUUAACACCAUUUCAUAAAUAUAUAUAUACAUAUAUAUAUAUAUAUAUAUAUAUAUUCUUUUCAUUGGUGGGGAGCACCAGUUCUGAAUAUACUAUAAAGGAAGAUGUACAAGGACAUAAAUGUUGAGAUUACUUAUAGGGUAGAAAAUAGCAGUUCAGUUCAUUAUAGAUAUUUGAAAUGUUUUUGAUUGUUUUAUAGAACCUGGAGUGACUUCCCUUGCCCUUAUUUAGAUAUGGAUAUAUAGUUCUAGUUUGAAGUUUAAUAGUUAAGGAGUUAGUUAUGUAUUACCUGUAAGAGUAGGGUUAUUGACAUGAACAAUUUCAGUAUUUUGCAUGAUACUGUUUUAUAGAUGACCUUUUAGGAAAGUGGUGCAUUUAUUGAUUAAACUGAAGAAAUAGCUCAGUUGGAUUCAAUAUCAUAACUCACAAAUUGGAGGCUGUUGAUUUUGAUUCAUUUAAGGUUUAAAAUCUUUAUUAAUUGCAAACAGUGCAAUUAUUUAUACUUCACAGUGCCUUCCCAGACCUUCCACCUUAGGUUCUGCUGCAAAAAGCAACAGGUAAGCACAACCUAAGGACAUAUAUAAAUAAAUAUUUCAGUACAUUAAUGUUGUCCCUGUGAGGUUUUUGUGGUUGUGUAUUCAAAAGCAAUCUGCUACUGCUUCCCCAAAAUGUAUUUUGUUAUUUAUGCUACCAUUUCAGUGGAAAGUCUGUAAGUUGUUCAAACAACUGUUUACAUUUCUGGGUAAUGUUUUUUAUUUUAAUUUUUUUAUUAAAACAAGAAAAAAGAAAUGAUGAGUAGAUUGCUGCUAUAAUUGAACUACAUCCAAACUUUUUGUAAUCUUUUCCCAACUACAGAAGAAUUGUUAAGAAAGGGCAUUUAACAUAGUUUUCGAGAUUUAGGAAAUCACUUGGUUAGAAACUUCAACAGCCUUCACAAGCUUUUUAUGAUUGACAGGUUGACAGGACAUUUUCUUUCUUUGCCCUCCAAAGCUAUAUGGAGUUUAUUUUUUUCUUAUUCUUGAAGUAUAACAAUUCAGUAAGGACAUUAUGGGUCAGAAUUUUAUUAACGAAGUUUUUUUUUUUAAGACAAUUCAGUUUUCGUAACAUACACUGAAAAAGGAAAAUAUAAGGAAUACUGGCAGUAUGUUUUGAUAAGGCAUGUGCAUCAGUGAAAUGUUAACUGUAUAGCAAAUAACCUUUCAUAAUCUGUAUAGCAACCAAUAUUUUUCUGAUUUAUAAUACUUUAAUAAUUGACGCUGCAUUUUACUUUUUUUGCCAGUUUAAAAUGUUUGUGUUCUUAUAGAUGAUUUUAACUGGUACAUAUUUUGAGUUAAGAUGAAUGUAUUAAAGCAGCAUCCUAUCAGUUUUGUUUAUUCAGUUUCUAAAAUGUGCUGAUCCUUUUAAAACUCCUGCUUAUCUCUACAACAAAGAAAAAUAUUCAAAAAUACUGCCUUCAUUUUCACACACAGUGCUGAAGAUGCUGCAAGCACCAAAUCAUAGCUCAUAAAAUCAGGUCCUGAGAUAGUUACCCAUAAAGAGGAAUCCUUUGAGUGUAUGCCAUUGGUGAGCCGAUGAGCAUGGACCAUAGAAGGGCUCAAUGUAGAAGGUAAAAUUGGCAAAUCAUAAUUGAGAAAUAUGAAAUGUAUUCCCAUACAUUGGUAUAGGGUGUAAUGUACCUGCUUUUGAUCAUUUUUCAUUUUAAAGUGCUAUUUGCUUGAUCUUAAAUGUUCCAUGAACUGUUAAAUUUUGUAAGUUGUGUAGUUACUGCACCACAUUUAUGUGUGUGUGUGUAUUGUUUUAAGUCAAUGAUAGGUAUGUUAAGACUGAUAAUAUAAAGGAGAUCUUUGAACCUUAAGGAGCCUUUCAACUUUUGGUUAGCUGUAGUUUGCAUUUUUAUAAAAUAAUAGAUGAAUGCUAAUAGAUAUUGGGGCAUUGUUUCUAUCUCAAGAGUUUUUUUUAACUCAUUACCAUAAGCCUUCACUGAUAACUGCAUUUUUAAAAUGGCGCUAAUCUUAACCUUGAAAUAAAUGGAAAGCAGAAAAGGUGAGCCAGUUGACUUGAAUGCAAUGGAUGUUAGGAGUGGUAGAAACAAUGUUUAGAUUGAAAUUGAACUGAUUUAUUUUAUUUAGCACUUAAAAACUUGACAAUGUGUUUGUUUUAAGAUAUUUUAGUGUGGUGAUACUUAGAAUUCUAAUGGGUUUGAUGUUUCUUUUAGAAAUGAAAAGUAUACUUUUAUUUUUAAUUAACAAAAAUGGUUUUAAUACUAAAACUAGUGAUUUAAUACUAGUUGUUUAUAAACAUUGUAAAAUAUUUCCUUAGCCAAAUACCUUGGUAGUUAAUUCAAAAGGGUGGGUUUGGGUAGGAGUAGCAGAGUAAACUUAAGCGGGAAAUAGGAAUAUAUGCAGAAGUGAUUACGUUUGUUUGAGUGCUCUGCCAGGAGAACCAGUUCUACCUGUGAACAUCUGUUGUCUAGAGUAAGGAUGUAGAAAUUAUCAAUGAGGAUGUCUUUUUAUUUUCUGAAAAUUCUGCCUCAUUUUAAAAUGUAUUUUAACAGUACCUAAAGAUAAUUUUGACUCUGAAAAUAACCUUUAUUUUUUGUUUAGUCACUUGAGUUAUCUUGCCACAGUAUAAACUUCUGAGGGAUUUAAAUUGGUGCUUUUAAAAAAGAAGCAAAUAAAUCCCAAGGUUUUAUUUUCUUCAGUGAUAGCCCUAUAGAAACUCAUAAAUGUAUUUGCGCAUAUAUAUAUAUAUUUUUUCUUAUGCAUGCUCGAUGCAUUUUCGUCCUGAGAAAAGUGUUCUCUACAGAAACUACCCGUGUGUAAAAAGAAGAUUGGCUUAAAAUGGCUACUGUGAUGGGAACAGUGUCUUAGGGAGAUGCAGCUUGGACUUGAGGUAAAUUGAAUACUUUACAAACUGUGGUUUAGAGUUUGCUUUAAUGACAAUGUAUGUAAAAGGGCACAUGAUUGCUGUAAUUUUGUAUUGAUUAUGGUUUCCUCAAUAAAAAAAUAAUAAAUGUACAUUGAUGAAUAUUA